AUGGCACUUCAUCAUUCCAAUGUAGAAUCAUCCUCUUCUACUUGUUUACUUUUGAAAUUUACUUUAAACCCAUCCAAAAAGGAUGAAUAUUCAUUGACUCAUCCUAACAUUGAAAUGAAACAACCAUCCACACACUCCACAACUACAACAACAACUACUCGCAACAAGGCCAAAAAGAGAACUCUCGAUUCAACCAUUGUGGGAUCUUGUCAGAAAUUAUUUCACAAGAAUGUCAUGAGAAGAUCUUCCAAAGAUGAAGACCAUAAUAAUAACCAUCUAAAUACCGUCAUGACUAACAAUGUUGUGUCUACAGGCUCCUCUUGUUCGAAAUUAUCACUUCCUUGA